GGAGCCGGGGAGAGAGGGAGGCAGUGCUCGCAAGUGCAAGCCGGGACCCUUGCCCCGGCCCGACCAUUCCCCGGAUUCCCCGGGCUGGCACGGCCGCAGGCCGUCGCGGGGCUGUGAGCGGGGCCGUGCUGCCCCCCGCCGCGCCCCCCAGCCACCCCGUGCAUUUCCUCGCCUGUACACGGACCCCGCCCGCGGAGAGCCCCGCACGCCCGGCCGCGGACAUGAGGCUCCGACUGCUCCUCUGCAUCGCGUUCCUGCUGCUGGCGAGCCUGCUCCCCGCCGACGGACAGCGGCCAGCCAGCGUGGCCCUGCGCAGGAAGCCCCACCGGCACGGCUGCUCCCACCGGCGCUGCGUGCCGCUGCACUCCCGGGUGCCCUUCCCCUGAGCCGCCAGCAAGUUCAUAAUGGGCUUUUCAGUGUUUUAAAGAAGCAACAAUUAAACCAAUAGAGAAUUUAGCCAGAAGUCCCGAUCGACAACAGCCGACCUGAUAGAGCCACCACAGCCUAUCUGUCGCAUUCCGCAAGACCUGAAACAACGGCCACUGGCUCACACCCUAGGAAGUGGGGAGGAGAGGGGGAAACAGAGGGUGGUGACGGGAGGAUGUACCUGGUUGAAACAUUCUAUAUAAAUUCUUGGGCUGUCAUAACAAGUGAAAGUUAAAAACCAAGUAUCAGGUACCCAAGAUGGAUUUCCAGUGGCAUUAAGAAGUAUCUGUCCAAGGGGAUUCUUAAUGGUCUGUUACUGUUCAGACUGACAGUACCUGCAUGUGCUGUUGACAUUUCAGGCUGUUUAGGGUGAAAUAAUGUCAGACUUCAGCACAGAACCGUGAAAGUCCAUUUUUUGUUUAUACUUUUAUAUUUCAAUAAUAUAGACAUAUCUGUUUUAACACCUAACAUUACAUCUUUAUGGAAUUACUUUAAUAAUCGCGUAGAAUAUAUUACUGUAAUAGUACCAGAGUCAGAACCACACUAGUGCUCCUACUGGCUUCACAUAUAGUAUGCAUAGUAAGAGUUUACAAUGUAGGAAAGCAAAGCAGAGUAUUAUCCCUCCUUCUGUGGAUAAAGAAUUGAAGCACACAGAGAUAAGAGAUUAGCCAAGGGUCAUGCAAAACUGAUAACUCGGAUCUCUCAAGUCAGGCCUUAAGGUCAAGCCCAUCCUCCUGUUUAAUGAGCUGUUACUGCAAAGCCUAUCAUUUAUUUUCUUAAACUGGGCUGCCAAACCAGACAGCUAAAACAUACUUGAAAAUUCAGUACUACAGAACUAUUUGCUUAAUAGCAGUUUUCCUAAAAUACCCACUACAGUAUUAUAAAUAGAGCACAAAAAUAGACCAUUGAAAAGAAACCUUUGUUUGGUCAACCUCAGCGUUGCACAGUACUCUAUUCCUGUAAUUUAAAUGAAUGGGAUAUUUGUAACUCGCACUACAAUGAAUGAGAACUUCAAACAGAAAGCAGGCUGUUCUUUCCAGCAGUGGAGGUCAAGAAUACGUUGAGCUUUUAUUUUACUUUUUUUUUUUUUAAAAAUACACGUUUCACAUCUCCUUUUUGUAUCAGCAGAAAUUGCAAACCUACAUAUAAAGGGAAAACACGGCAGUCCUUUCAUUAGCAGAACUAAAACAAACCUGAAAAUAAGUCAUACCCAGAUUUUUCAGUUGUUGCACUAGACUUGAAAUGUCAAUAUUUUUUGUAAAUAAAAAAGAUGAGCAAAGAUCAGCAGUGUCAUGGCUUAAAUCCAGUAUUAGAAUUUUGUCUUGCAACACAUAGUUUCUAGUAAGUGAAAAAACAGCAAUCGGGGAAAACCGGAUAGCUGAAACUUUCUAAUCAGUGUCUGUAUGUAAUCCUUUAUCUCUAAGAACUUGAAACCUUAAUCAGAUUCAUACUGGCAGAGCUUAACAGGACUUUCAAACUUCUCUGUAUAGAAAAAGAAUUAGAAUUUAACAUCACACCCUGUUAUGGAGUUUUGGCAAAUCAUCAUGCAAAGAUUUGUUAAACUUGCCUAUACCAAGAAACAGCCCUGCAGGUAAACCUUUGGAGUUUUGAAAAAAAUGCAGUUUUCCAAAAUUGGGGGAAUACUACCACUAAUUUAAUUUUUUAAUUUAUUUAACUUAGCUUUCAUAGAUAUCCAUGGCUAUCUCUGUUUAGAAGUACAGGUAAAGAGUAUGGGAAAGCAAGAAAGGUGAAGAGUAACUAUUUAACAGUUCUGUCUUAUAUAAAUGAGUAUAUGGGCUUAAUGUGACACUGGCUAUUUGGUAUAACCAUAAUUAUUCAGUUAACUUUGAUAAAAUCUUAAGAAAAACAUAAGGUCUCUAUCAGAGAGCUAUAUAUGCAUGUUACCUUACAGAUGUAAAAAAUAAAUAAACCAACAUUUACCAAAGCACCCUAGAUGAA